CAAAUAUUAUCUCACUUUUGAACAUUGUAUAGUUUGUUGCGUGCCUUUCGAAGGACUUGCUGAUAAAUAGCUAUUAAGACAAAUGAUUGUUUAUGUCUUUCUGUUGGUGUGUGGAACUGGUCUAACCCUGGCAACAGAUUGUCCAGAUGGCUGGUUGGCAUUUAAAGGUUCCUGUUAUCUUUUUGGAAAAGACAAUGUGCACUUUACCGAAGCUGAGGAAUACUGUCGGCAUCAUCAUGAAAGUAGAUUGGUGCAUGUAGAGACACCUGAGGAAAAAUAUGUUUCUAAAAGGUUACAUGGCCGAUCAUCUAAAUGUGAAGAAAGAUUAUUGGCUGGAUAUGACGGAUGAACUUACGGAAGGUAGAUGGAGAUGGUACGGUGAAAACACCGUAGUUCCAUACUUAGAUUGGAAUCCAAGCGAGCCACAGGAUGCAUUCAGUGGUGAAGACUGUGCAAUGUUUGGCCACGAACUUCAUUUUAGAUGGGCAGAUGUGUCUUGUACUACGUCUAGGUCUGCAUUAUGUGAACUAAGGGUAGGCCUGCAAACAGAAGUUAUAGGGUGAGGCGACUGGUCGUCAUUAUCUUUGAAUAUCUGUUCAUAUUAGCUGUUUAAAAUAAAUAGUCAAUAUCCA